AUAAUAUAUAUAUAUAUAACUGAUAUAUAUCGCCACUGUACAGAGAGAAGCAGAGACGAUGACCGUAAAAGCAGCAACGGUAAUCGGCGGCGGCGGAGGAGCAGCAGUCCUCUGCUCGCAUCGACUCGGCGUCUGCAACCACCGUUAUCUCCUCUCCCUAAACCGCCCCUCUUCCGUCCCCGUGCCGGCGGCUUCUUCGUCUCUGAAGAUGCCUCUCUCGCCAAAACCUUGGUACCACCGCCGUCUAGGGCACGUCUUCGUCUCCAGAGCCGCCAAUUCCACCCAGCCUUCCCCCGCCGCCGCCGCCGCGGCGGACAAGACAACUGUCCCCGACGAUGAGUUUUCAUUAGCCAAGGUUUCUUUUGGUGUUAUUGGACUAGGAGUUGGAUUGUCACUUCUCUCGUACGGUUUUGGGGCAUACUUCAACAUUCUACCUGGAUCUGAAUGGUCUGCAAUAAUGCUAACAUAUGGUUUUCCUCUUGCCAUAAUUGGCAUGGCUCUGAAGUAUGCAGAGCUGAAACCAGUACCGUGUUUGACAUACCUAGAUGCCCAAACAUUGAGGGAGAAAUGUGCCACUCCAAUUCUUAAGCAGGUGAGAAGUGAUGUUACAAGAUACCGAUAUGGGGAUGAGCAACAUUUAGAUGAGGCCUUGAAACGAAUUUUUCAGUAUGGUCAGGGUGGUGGAAUUCCACGAAGGAGUGCGCCUGUUCUGCAAAUGAUUCGUGAAGAAGUCACUGAAGAUGGCAAAUACUGUUUAGUUUUGGUCUUUGAAGCAAAAGCCCUACAAUUGUCAGAUUUUGAACAAAGACAGGCAAAAUUUGCCUCAUUCUUUGGACCAGGGAUCACAGCUGAAGUUGGCAAGGGAGAAAAAGAUCUGUAUGAAGUCCGACUUAUUUCGGAUACAACUGUAUAGUAUACAUCUGGUCUGGCUCCCACAGGAAGCAGGAUCUGUGACAGUCGUGCCAUAUUUCAUGAAGAGAAAAACCCUAGUCAAUCCUUCUGUAAAGAAAAAAUAUAGGCAAAAUAAAUCAAGGAUCAAAGGCAAACACUACUUUGUCUUCACUAAUGUGAUUUUUCUCAUGCAGUUUGUUCUUUUAACAACUUUCAUAAUGUGCACAUCAGUAACAAUGUUUAGAUAAAAUGUUGUGGCCUUUUCCAAUCUA